AAGUUAAGUACAAAAAACUUUCUCCAAUACAGUUCAUUUACCAAAAUUAGACAUCAUCCCUAUCCUCAAUCAACGGCCAGUCACCGUCGCCAAAAAAGCCCUACUCAAAUCAUACAUUUAAUUAAUUAAAAUGGCAGAAGAAUUCUCAAAAUCAGUUGAAAACGGUGUACAUCUAUCAAAACGUAUUUAUUUCGGUAAAGACAGAGCAGUAGCUCCACCAAAACCAAUAACAUCAAUGUAUAAAACGGCGUCGUCAUCAUACUUACCGGAAUCAGUUAUGUGUUACGCUGUAAUUAACGAUCCAGGUAUUGUUGAUAACCCUGACAUACCAAGUUAUCAACCUCACGUGCAUGGCAGGUGUGAUCCACCUGCUUUGAUUCCGUUACAAAUGAACGGGAUUUCAGUUGAAGCUGAUUGUUAUUUGGAUCAAACGGCGUUUAUUACUGUUAAAGGAGAGUGGCGUGUACAUUGUGUUAUGGGUAGUCGCAGUUGUGAUUGUCGUAUUGCUGUUCCUAUGGGUGAACAGGGUUCAAUUCUAGGUGUCGAGGUUGAGUUACCCAGGAAAUCUUACUGCACUAAAUUAGUUACCAUGGAUGAUGCAAGCGAAACAGAAACGGUAGCCAAAAUUGAAGAUGGAUGCUUUCUGAAGCCCCACAUUUUUACCCUUACAAUACCACAGGUGGAUGGUGGUACCAACAUCUCCAUCACAAUUAGAUGGUCUCAGAAGUUAUUAUAUUGCAAUGGCCAGCUAACGUUGGACGUACCCUUUAGUUUCCCAGACUUCGUCACUCCAGCUGGAAAGAAGAUCUCCAAAAGAGAAAAGAUACAGCUUAAUGUUAACUCUGGUCCUGGAACAGAAGUUAUGUGCAAGACCACUAGUCACCCUUUGAAGGAGCGACAACGUCAGGCCGGAAAGUUGGGCUUCUUUUAUGAAGCUGAUGUCCUAAAUUGGUCAAGUAGUAACUUUGUUUUUUCUUACACGGUUUCCUCGAGUCAUACUCAUGGCAGUGUAUUUUUGCAAUCACCUCCACUACUUGACAGUGACCAGAGAGAGAUGUUUUGUUGCACUCUUUUUCCGGGAGACCAGCAGUGUAGGAAGGUCUUCAGAAAGGAAGUGGUAUUUGUUGUUGAUAUAAGUGGGAGCAUGAAGGGAAAACCAAUUGAGGAUACCAAACAAGCGCUUUGUACAGCCUUGUCAAAGCUUGAUUCCCAAGAUCUGUUUAGUAUAAUAGCUUUCAACAGCGAAAAGUACCUUUUUUCAUCAUCGCUCGAGUUGGCAACCAAGAAGGCUAUUGAAAACGCAACUCAAUGGAUUGGCACAAACUUUAUUGCUGGUGGCGGCACAAAUAUUUUGAAUCCAUUGACUCAGGCCAUGGAGAUGUUUUCCUAUACCAAGCAACACAUUCCUAUUAUUUUCCUGGUCACUGAUGGAGCUGUUGAAGACGAAAGACACAUCUGUGAUGUUCUGAAGAGUCAUCUGAUGCAAAACAAAAUGAUGUGCCCGCGGCUUUACACGUUUGGGAUAGGAUUGUUCUGCAACCAUUACUUUCUCCGCAUGCUUGCGAUUAUGAGUCGUGGCCACUAUAAUGCUGCUUAUGAUGUUGAUUCCAUUGAAGUUCGUAUGGAGCAGCUGUUCUCCAGGGCAUCAUCCAUCAUUCUUGCGAAUAUUGCCUUUGAGAACCUUGAUGGUCUUGAAGAAUUUGAGGUGUUUCCCAGUCCAGUUCCAGACCUUUCAUCCGAAGGUCCAUUAGUGUUGUCAGGCAGAUACCGAGGAGUAUUCCCCGAGACGCUUAAAGCUAAAGGAGCCCUUGCAGACUUGAGUAACUUCUCCCUGGAUCUGAAAGCUGUACAGGCAAAGGACAUACCUCUUGAUAAGGUGUUGGCGAGGCAUCAGGUUGAACUACUUACUGCUCAGUCCUGGUUGACUGAAAAUAAGGACCUUGAAAAGAAGAUAGCACAAACAAGUAUACAAAAUGCCAUCAUUUCUGAGUAUACACGCAUGAUAUGGAUAGAGACCGAAAGAGGCAAAGUAGUCACUGAAUCAACCUCCAAGCGGAAGGUCUCCACUGCUUCUAAGAAGAUUGAAGAGCCUAAAGUGCAGAAAAAGAUACUGCUACAGAAUCUUGGGGUUGGUUUUGGUGACUACAGUGCGACGGCUGAAAAUAUUCCUCCUGGAAUCGCCGAGAUAAAACCUGAAACAGCAGAGAUUCUAGCGAAGGCAGCAUCUAAUUGCUGCGGAAAAAUGUGUGACAUAUGCUGUUGCAUGUGCUGUGUUCGGACGUGUUCAAAGAUGAACGAUCAGUGUGCAAUCGUGAUGACACAGUUCCUGGGUGCCAUGGCAUGCUUAGGUUGCUUUGCUUGCUGUGAAUUAUGCUGUGCUGGAAGUGAUUGAUGAGAAAGUAAUUGUAUAGCUUCCCUGCAAUCCUGUUGUAUAUUGUGUCAAAUAUACUAUUUUACAUUUUCAUGAGCAAUCUGUUAGUGUCUUAUGGUUCUUGUGAAUAGUAUGUAUCUAUUUAUCUACCUAAGUAAUUGGACAGAAGUUUUACCAAUUGCUUCACUGUAAUGUAGAACUAGACAUGAUCAACAGAAAUAAACAGGAACUUAUAA